AUGCCCAAAACCAAGGUGAUUCGCUUCGCAAUCUAUGCGUUCAUUGCGACUUUUGUCAUCAAGGCACGAAGUCAAGUCGAAGACUUGUCAAUUGCCAAUGAUGGAACGAAGUCUGCUUUGACCGAGCAGUACUUUGAGUUUGAACCAAGACCGCGAAAGUUCAAUGACAUCAAAGAUGUGAAAGAUGUUCAAAGUUGGCUUCGAUGGCUUUGUAAUUCAUUGCAAGCUGCUGGCAAUACAGAUGAGUACAGCAACCCGCUGUCGUUGAACCUGCACAACAGGGUCACACCUACCAGUGGGAUUUGCCUGAAUGCAUCUUCAAUUACACUGAGCUUCAGGCGAGUCAAACUUAGCAGUGAUGCAGCUGCGUCCACCACAACGCGCUUCUCUGCAUUUUACCCGCAAACGUGGAAAGCUUUCACAAUCGAUCCUGGUACAGACCUUGCGGGCUCCGACAUAGAGGCAACCUCGCCUAUUGUGGCAAGUACGCCCAGUACUCUUAGUUGGCUCUACACUCCUGCGUGCAAAAGCUGUUCUAACACAGGUUACAACCAGAUGGGAGGAUACAUUGCAGUGGCAACGACAUCGGCUUCUGGCACAUUGGUUCACUUGGUUGACAGUUCAGAUGUUUCAGGUCUUGCUCCAGACCCAAUGCUAAAUCAUUGUGAUGGGAACCUGACGAGAUCUGGAACUCUUGGCCUCGAAGACUUUCUUGGAGAACCAUUCUUUGAUUCUCAGCUAGGCAGCUUGACAGCUGAAUUUCAGACUUACAAUGCAAACUUUCAGAGUCUCACAAAAGUGAAGGUAUUUUUUCAAUUCAGCGCUGCAGGGGCACUCUUUGCGCAUCGUGUGGAGACACAAACUCUGCAGUUGGACAUCUCUCAUAGCUGGAUCCAGUACUUUGAAUAUACAUACUUGGUCUUCACAUGCUUUUACUUCUUCGAUCUGGUCUACAGAAUUGGAAAGGGCUUCCCAACUUAUUUGCAAAAUUUCUGGUGCUAUGUGAAUGCCUGUUCAAUCAUUGCCAGCAUUGGGUGCUUUGGCAUUUGGUACUUCUACAUGCCAACACUGGAUACAUUUCGGCAGACAAGGCUGUUCCAGGACUACACUAACUUCGACAAUCGAAGUGCUACCUUUGGUUUCUACAUAGUGACUUCAUCAUUUGCCGUUUUCACAAUCUACCUUCGAAUGCUACAGUUCUUGGGCCACACAAGGUCUCGCGUUGUACUUCUCCUUCGAACAAUCACUUUCAGUGCAGGCAACAUCAUCAUUUAUAUCCUGUACAUUGGGGUGAUCUUCAUCGGGUUCUCCACUUUUGCACUCACUAACUUUUCCAAUGUGUCUGCAAACUUCACGAACCCGUGGGUCACUUUCGUGAGCACCUUUUCCUUGUUCAUGGGUGACCUGAGUGUCAUGGAUGGUUUCAACACACCCUUGAAAGUGCCUUUCAUGUGGCUUUUCAUGUUUUUCUUCUUCUUCCUCUCCGUGCAGAUGUUUAAUGCCAUUAUCAACUAUGCCUACAAUAGAGUAUCGGAGGAUAUGAAGUCAGUUUUCCAGCGUGAACAACUUGAGAAGCAGCUCAAGAAGAAGACAAAAGCAGGCCGAGAUGGACGCAUGUUUUGGCCAUUUCCUUUCGGUCGAAAGCCCAAAGGCCAAGAAGAACUUGCCGAAGAUGGGGUUACUUUUGGUGGUGCAGUCAAAGGCCCCGAUCUCACCACUCUAGAUCCUGGAGUCCGUCAGAAAGUCGAAGAGUACAGAGAAAGGGACACCAAGAAGAGUGCAAAAGACGGGCUUUGUACAGCUUGCGUUUACUUUCUGAUGGUUGGGUGCUACAUUGGCUUUCUCUACGUCAACAUGCUGGUGGAGGAGAAAAAUCAACUCAGGCUUGCUGUGGAAGCUGUGGUUCGCAAUACUGAAGUUGAAAUGCCACUCCCUUUCGGCAAGACAGCUGCUCAGUCAUGGGAUGAUAUCUCGACAUGGUCUCAAGUAGCUUCUUGGAUGCGAGUUGGUCUUCCAGCGAUCAUCUUCAAUUCCACGGCUCAAGCAUUCAUGGAGACGUCCACUACGCAGCAACUGAUCAGUUCUGGCAUGAAUUGCUUGCGGAGUUGGAACUGUUUGAUCACAGGAGCAAGCCAAAAUCAAACGGAUGGCUCUCAAAACAUUGCCAGAAUCACUCAGAAAAGGAGCAAACGCAUGCAAAAUCGGGGCAGCCGCAGCUCAGCAACGCCAGAGGAUGAGCGCUUUGUUGGAGGAUUUGAUGACUCAGGUGACGAAAUUCAAGGGAUCUUGGUGAACGAAUCUGGCUUUUUUCAGAUCAUCCACCCAGAUGUGGCGAACGCAGCCGAGGAUGCCGACUUGGAUUUUCAACUUCUGCACCAAAAUCAGCUUCUUUGUCAGACUGUCGGUGCCGGAGCCGGCAGCUACCGGCAAAGUGGUGGCAUCGUGUGUGAGCUCAGUUCUGAUGCAGCGACUUUCCGGGAACAGAUGGAUGCUUUGCUUGGGAACGGCAAUGAAACAAAUCGCAGUUUCUUUGUGAAAGAGUCUGCAUCCUUUGUCAUUGAGUUGGUCGCUCACAAUCCCAAUCGAGACAUGCUGAGCUACAUUGUGAUGACAUUCUACCAAACACCAGCUGGCAAAGUGCACAAAGAUAUCCGUGUUUUCUCACUUGCUUUGUUCGGUUGGGAUGUGGGUGUUGAUAAGUUGGGAUACUUCAUCGGCCGCCUUGUACCUGGUGCAAUUUAUAUGACACUCGUGGUUGCCUUCACGAUCAUGUUGUACCAGGAGAUGCAGACAGAACAUACACGGCGUUCUGUUGCUGAAAGCGCAGAAAAAGGGAACAGCCUUUUCACUACAAUAUUCACCUUCUUUGCAAGUGAUGUGUUCAGGCCAGUCGACGCCAUUUCUUAUUUGAUGUCAUUCUGGAGUUUUGUCCUCUUCAUCCUUUGGCUGGUGAAGGAGGGUGAUCUUCAGCAGAAACUUCAAGGAGACUAUCGAGGAAUUGUUGACUUCACAUCAGAACUCAUCACCACCGAGAAGGAUUACAAUCGUAUCUCAGCAGCGAAUCUGCUGCUGCUUUUUGUGCGUCCACUUCGCUUCAUUCGCGAAGACCCUCGGAUGCAACGCCUCAACCAGACCUUGCAUGAUGCAAAGCAGGACAUUUUUUGGUUCAUUGUGGUCCUGGGUAUUGUGCUGUUCGCUUGCACAUUACUGGCAAACGUUUCCUUUGGACCAUUCUUUCUACCAUGUAUUGACAUCGCUGCAUCUUUCCUUUUCUGCUUUUCAUUCAUUCUGGGUGAGUUUGACUUCUGGGGGCUGUAUGGUGCAAAUCCAGUGAUGGCAGUGAUCUUCUUCUUCCCGUAUUUGAUUCUUGUUUAUUGUGUGUUUACCAACAUCUUCUUUGCAAUUCUGGACAGAUUCUUUGUCUCAGCAGACCCUCCUCCAAUGAAAUUGAAGCGCAAGCUGAAGCCAUUGCUGUCAAAGAUUUGCCGCUGCAUUGACUGGGAUGAUGACUUUGUCAUGGAAGAGGAUCCAAAGGGUGCCAAGAAAGAAGGCCCACAGUCAAGGGCAGAUCGUGUGGCAGUGACUGCAAAGAUUAUCCAUGACAUUCGCAAGGGAAUUGAUGGAGACAGUGGCAGUCGCUUGGCUCAGAGCAAACCACUUAGCGAAGUGUGCGACAUGGAUGAGAAGCUCCUCAACGUCGUGAAGUGGAGCAAAGAAGAGGCAUCCUCGAUAGUCAGUGAAUUUCAAAGCUUGUUGGUAAAGAAGCAACGCCACAAAAACGAGGAUGUCUUCUUGAAGCAAGUGGUGAUGAAGAAAGUUGAUGACGAUGAGACCAACACACGAAAGGAAAUGGAAGAGGCUCACAGGCAAAUGAGAUAUGCAGCUGAAGUUCACGAAGUUAUGGCACUCCGUGAUCAGCAAACACUAGCAAAAUAUAUUUGGCUCCUCGAACAGAAAAUCCAGAAGAAGAUGACGGACACACAUGCUCUCAUGAUGGAGGUCCAGCACCUGCAAGAUGAGAUGGAUCGAAUGCGCUUCACCAAAGAGGACUUGCGCAACCAUGCAAACGGAGUGGGUUCAGACAUCCCACAAGAGGAGAUUGAAGGCAGUGCCUCUGAAGACGAGCAUGCAGAAACUAUGAGCGAAGCUGUCACCACACACGCUGGACCAAAGCCAAUUGACCCAAAUUCCGCCAUGGACAGUGCAGGCGGUAGAUCAGACCCAGCAACUGCAGAUAUGUUGAAAGCUUUGCACGGUUGACCAGUUGAAUCAGUUGAAGAGACGCCUGACGAUGCCUGAAGAAGUGCCUUUGGGUCUUGAGGAUUAUCAAUUCAGUUGUCCAAGUACAAACCAUUCUGGCAGCGCUGAAAAUUGCAUGCCAAAGACAUGGGGAGGGCAAUUCAAUUCUGGUGGAGUUUCACAAUCAUAGUUGCUUCCCCCUAUGUUUGAGCGCAGAUGACUGACAACCGCUAAAACGCGAUCAAAA